AUGUGGACAAUAACUGGUUGUGGUCUUGUUGGCCUAAUCAUUCACAGGAUAUUAAACAAGUUUUACAAACUCCUGACAUUACCAAAACCAAGUUUUGCCAAGAAGGAUUACGAUGUCGUCAUUGUUGGUGGUGGUAUUGGUGGUUGUGCAUUGGGAAGUGCAUUGUCUAAGGCUGGAAAGAAUGUGUUGGUUCUUGAAAGAGAUAUGAGUGAGCCAGAUCGUAUCAUUGGUGAAUUGCUUCAACCUGGUGGUGUUCAACAUUUGAAAGAUUUGGGACUUGGACAUUGUCUUGAAGGAAUUGAUGCUGCCAGAGUAUUUGGUUAUCAAGUUUUCUAUGGUGAUGAUGAACAGGUCAAUUUGCCUUAUCCAAUCGUUGAGGGAGGAAGAGCAGAAGGUAGAUCAUUCCACUAUGGAAGAUUCAUUAUGAAUUUGAGAAGAGCUUGUGAACAGGAUGGGGCUACAUUAUUGGAAAGAACUGUUGUUUCAUUGAUUGAAAAGACACCAGGUCUGAUUGAAGGUGUUCAGUAUAAGAAAAACAACAACGAUUCAACUGUUGAUGUCACUUGCAAACUUGUGAUUAUUUGCAAUGGAGCUGGUAGUUCAUUCACUAGACAAGUUCGUUCUGAUAGAUUUGGAAAUAAGCCAUUGGUUGUUUCUCAAUUCAUUGGUUUGGAACUUGCUGACAGUGCUGAAAAAUUACCAAAACCAAAUCACGGAAACGUUUUUGUUUUACCAACUGGACCUGUUUGCUUUACCCAAACAUUACCAAAGAGAGGUGAAGAAAUGACCAAAUACUUGCUUGAAUAUAUCAUGCCACACUUGCCAGAAAAUUUACAUGAAUCUUUCAAGGCCGAAGUUGAUGCUAGCAGAAUUAAGGUUGUUCAAAAUCGUGAAAUGCCAGGUGAAACACCAGAAUCACUCACCAAGAAGGGAGUUGUUCUGAUUGGUGAUGCCAUGAAUUGCAGACAUCCAAUCACUGGUGGUGGUAUGACUGUCACUUUCUCCGAUUGUAAGGAAUUAGUUAAGGCCAUUAUUCAAAUUAAGGAUUUGAACUGUGUUUCUGAAGUUGAUGAAGCCAUUCAAUCAUUCUAUUCAAAUAGGAAAAAAGUUGCAUCCACAAUUAAUAUUCUUGCAAAUGCUUUGUAUUCGAUUCUUGCUCCUUCAUUAACAGUAGUAAGAAAUGAUCAAGAGAAAACAAUACACAAAGAUGACACAGUUUCCUUAUUGCGUAGAGCUGUUUUUAGGUACUUACAAAGGGGAAGCUUUUGUCAAACUGGUCCAUUGUCAUUAUUGAGUGGUUUGUGGCAUUCACCAUAUGGCCUUUUAUUUCAUUUCUUUUCUGUUGCCUUACUGGGUUCAGUUGAUCUCAUUAAGGAAGGAGGUAUUUUGGGUAUAUUUGGAAGUUUAUAUAAGAGUUUGAAGAUGAUAACUGGUGCUACUACUCUCAUUGCUCCACUAAUUGCUGAGGAACGUUUAUUAUCUUGUGUGUUUCCUCGAUUCUUUUGGAAGAGAACUGCACCGAUCAAGUAG